AUGGGCUACAGUGUGAGUUCUGAGGUGAAAGUGAAAGUACAGAGCGAGGCCGGAGCGGCGCCAUUACAGAUCAGGGUGGAGGCUCCUGGCCUCAGGGCUGAGGAGAACAUGACGGAGCUCACAACCUUCCUCUCACUGCUGAUGGCAGUGCUGACUGCAGAUGGUCUGAUCGUCACGAUGAAGGCGCCACUUAUCUCGGCCAUGAGAGAUGAGAAUGUGACAAUCCCCUGUGAGUUUUCAAACUUUAUUCCUGGGAGUACUAUAAAUGUACAGUGGACCAAAUCACAGAAUGGAAAUAGGACUGAAGUGUUCCGGUAUAUACCCGGACGACCGAAGGCCUUCAGAGCCGGAUCUUAUAUGGAGAAGGAGAGCAAAAUCCAGAGUGGAAAUGCCGCACUUCACAUCCCGCGGGUGCAGUACAGUGACGAUGGAGAAUACAUCUGUGCUGUUACAGUGACCCCGGACUACAAGGAAGGGAAAAGCACUCUGCAGGUGUCAGCUGAGCCCUCGGCUGCCCUGAUACCCGGAGAUGCCAUCAGAGUGGAGCUGGGAAACGAGAAAGUGGUGUCCUGUGACAUAAGCAACUUUUACCCUGAAGAGAUCACCAUUCGCUGGGUGCGACACCAGAAAGACUCUACAAAACGCGUUGUCCUGGAGCGAGAGAACUGCAUCUGUGACAUCACUACUAAUACCGAUGGGACGUUUAAUACUAGCAGUCAGCUGACCUUAUAUCCUACAAUGGGGGACAACGGCUACAAAUAUUCAUGUGAGGUGAAGCAUCGAUCUCUGCAGCAGGACCUGGUGAAGAACUUCACCCUGACAGUAACAGAGCGAGAAGAUAACUAUGGAGCAGUAGUGGCUGCCGUGAUCUGUACGAUACUUGGGAUGGCGCUUUUAUUAUCUGCUGGUUUGCUUUACUACCAAGUCAUCAAGAAAGAACCCCCCAGCAUUUCUGAGAUCACCGUCAGCGAGCCACUGAUUGACAUGAACAGGGCGACCCUGACCUGUCACAUUAUGAACUUCAAGCCUAAUGAUCUGGAGAUCUUUUUAUGUCUGAAGAGACGUGGAGGGGAGAUGAAGGAGGUCCACACCUGGAGGUCCAGAGACUUGACCCGAGUGGGGAUGGAUGAUGUGGAGCAGCAGAGGCUGAUGAAUGGGAAUGUCAACCACACACAGAGGCCCCUAGACCUGGACCUGAAGAUGAAGGCAGAUCUAAAACCCAAUAGAUCCCGUCUUCUCCGCUGUAUUUCCUGGCGUAGACUUUCCACUUACAGCUGUCAGUGUUCUAUUCACAUCACCCCCAGCUUUUCUGAAGAUAACGGAGCAGAAUUCUCUGUACGUGUAUCACACCCGGCACUGACAGAAGCAACCUCUCAGCAGAGAACCCUAUGGGUCACCGGAGUUGCUCCGAGGCUAUUAAAGAUCUUCAGUCCACCAUAUAUGACGCAUGAGGUGCCGAUGAUGCUGGCUUGUCCCAUAAAUGGAUUUAAAUCAAAGACUUUAGCGAUAACAUGGCUGAAGAAGGACAAGGAGGACCAGGAGACCGAAAUCGUAAGAUGGGAUUCUGAUGAUGGGGCCGACGUGAACGAUGAUGUCCAUAAUGUAAUAAAGAGUGAGCAUGACGACAAGUCCUACAGCAUUUUAAGUACCUUAAAGGUAAAACCAACUGUGAACUGCGACGAUGGAGUGAAAUACAUCUGUAGGACCUUCCACCCCGCGACAAGUCAAUCGGCAGAACAAGCACUGGUCAUGGCGGUCUCAGCUGUUCCUGUGCUGGGUCCCAUACAGCAGACAAAGGGCGAGCUCUACGUGAAGGAGGAGAUGAAUCUGACCUGUAAGAUCCAUUCAUUUUACCCGGCACCUAUAGAGGUCACAUGGUGCACAGAAGAUGGACGGGUGCUGAACUCUACCCUCUCCGACCUCCUCCCUGACCCGACUGGUCUGUACCAGGUCACCAGCUCCAUGAAAUACUGCCCAACAAUGAAGGACCUGAAAAAGACAUUCACGUGUGAAGUGAGACAUGGAAGUACUGGAGUCACGAGAAAAACUACGUGGAAACUGGAAGAUCUGAUUUCGCGGCCCACGGUGUCUGAUAUUUCUUGUAUUUCCUCGUCUCCUGAGCCUGGUACUUUAUUGACCUUAUCCUGCGAUGUCAGUGACUUGUACCCUGAAGAUUUAACUUUCAUUUGGUAUAAUGGUGUAACUCGGAUAUCACAAGAUAAGUACAUAAAGACUUUUCAGGAGGAUCCGGACUCUGGUUCUUUCAGGGGAACCGUACAGUUGCUGUGGACGCCGGACACUGGUUAUGAUGAGCGGGAUUUCCGUCUGGACCUGACGCACUGCGGAGAGACUAUUACAAGAAUAUUUACAAUGAACCUGGCAGGGUCCCCAGUCCUUAGUGACAUCACCAGCGAGCCCAGUGACGCCAGAUACGGCCAGCCUGUGACUCUGCGCUGCAAGGUGACCAACGCAAACCCGAAAGAUGUAGAGGUGAAGUGGUUAAAGAGCGAUAAACCCCUGGAGAGCGGACAAGGAGUAGCGAAGCAAAUCCCUGAGGAGGACGGGUCCGUAUCCUGCUCACUGCAGAUCACUGCUACAGCCCUGGACUACGCCAAAGCUUACACCUGCUCUGUGAAGCCCAAGAACAUGACAGCGACGCUCAAGAAGACCCAUUAUAUAAAGCUCCCGGAUAAAGUACCAAAGUUUUCAGAGAUAAGUGUGCGGCCGGAGAGACCUGUCGCAGGGAAGGAAGCCACAUUCACAGCGACCAUAUCUGGAUUCACACCAGACAUUCACGUGAAAUGGUAUAAAGAGUUCGACCCGUUUCCCAGCGACUUUGUCACCACAUCAGAUCCACAGAUUGGAAAGGACUCUCUAUGCACUUGUUCCAGCAGCCUGAGGUUCACUCCCCAGGACAAGGACCAUGGGGCGUCCAUCCGCUGUGAGGUGGCACAUUCUGUCACUAAGAAAGUAUAUGAGCAGCUGUGCACCCUGCGCCUCUCAGGAAGGACCUCCGAUGGACAUCUGCCUCUCCCCACACCACACUCAGGACAUCUAAAGCCACCACUGAAAACCAAAGGCAUUCAGUGCCUGACGGAGAAUCCGCGGGUGGGAGGUAAAGUCACACUCACAUGUUAUGUUGAUGGAUGUGACGCAGAUCAUUCGGAGUUCUCCUGGAGGAAAGGAAUGUUUCAUAUCGACAGUGGCAUAGAGAACCGGACUCUAGAGGACGGAUCUGGCAGCUUUUCCACAGUCACCUUCACAGCCCAAGAGACAGACCGAGACUGCACAAUGAUAUGUGAGGUGAAUUAUAAUCUCCAGAUACAAGAGGAACAUUUCACACUGAAGCUUCAAUAAGAAUAUAAUGAAAGAAUCUCUCUUUACAAGUUAGCCGGUGAAUAGAAAAGAUAAAAAUUGAGAGCCCUCAGUCAUUGAUACCUUUAUGGCUGUAAUAUUCCUGGGGCUCCACACAAUUAUACAGGCCGAAAAUAUAUAAAUAAGAUUGCGACAAGAGACGACUCAAGGGUCUUUCAUACAGCAGCCAGAUGAUCCAGCUGAAGAUCAAUUAUUUUAUUAUAAAUCAAGAUAGUUUUUAUUACAUAGAAACAUAGAAUGUGUCGGCAGAUAAGAAGCAUUUGGCCCAUCUAGUCUGCCCAAUAUACUGAAUACUAUGGAUAGCCCCGGCCC